GCCGUUCUCAGAGCACGAACCGCUCACUACGCGCGUUAGCCGGUUGCUUUCCCUGUACCGGGGAGCUGGAGCUGGCUGCUGUGUGUCACAGACCCGCGGGUGUGCUCUUGCCUCUCAGGGGUUUCUAGGCAGCCGGAGCCUUGGGGACAGAGCCCUUCCCCUCCCCGCCGCCACCCGCCGGGGGUGUGAGCGGAACGGCCGCGGUUUGGGAGCAGACUGGAGUUGGGCUCUGCAUUUCGGAGCUGCCCGGAACGUCGGCGGCGGGGCGGCUGUUUCCGGGGGAAGGCUCGGCUCCGCGCCCUCCGGGUCGCUGCCGGAAGCGGGCCGGGAAUGGGCAGCGGCGGGAGCGGCGGUCCCGCCCCGGCUCCCGCUCCCGCUCCUAUUCCCGCUCCUGCACCCGCUCCCGCUCCCACCUUGGUUUUUCUCCGAGGAAAUUGGCGGGCUCGGGACGGGGCAUUCCCUUUCCCGCGGCUGCCUUUGGGUUGAACGCUUCAGGCUGUUUUCAGCUAUAAAAGUGCCUGGCAACACUCGCUCCGUCCAUCAGCGCGGUGAGCUGAGUUGCAGUCGGUGACUGGAGCUCUUAUUUCGCUGAUGAAAACGGAGUGUGCUGAGCAGGGACGAUGUGAGAUUAGAGGUGUUUCCGAUGUCCCCCCGCUGUGCUGGGAGUAAGGAGCCGGCUCCCGUCGCGGCUGCGGGGCGUGCCUGGAUCCCUGCGGGCUCCCCCUGCCGGGCUGCCCCGAGGAGCCCCUGUGGAACUCCCGGAGGAUGCUCCGCAGCAGCGCCCCGAACUCGGACCGCGGGCGGCUUUGACCUCCAUCGCUGAUCGCAGCCAUUCCUCGGGCUCAGAGAUGGAUUCACCAGAAGGGGCCACAGUUAGAAGUGAGCAGAAAUUCAGAAAAUUCCUGAAAAGCCUCAUCAGAAAGCAGCCUCGGGACCUUCUGCUGGUGAUUGGGACGGGGGUGAGCGCUGCAGUGGCCCCGGGGAUCCCCGCCCUCUGCUCCUGGAGGAGCUGCAUUGAGGCUGUGCUUGGGGCAGCCGAGCAGCUGGAGGUGCUGCACCCCGGGGAUGUGGCUGAGUUCCGCAACAAAGUCAGCAAAGAGAGAGACCUGCUGGUGGUUGCACACGAUCUCAUCAGGAAGAUGUCACCACGUACCGGCGACACGAAGCCCAACUUCUUCCAGGACUGCUUGAUGGAGGUGUUUGAUAAUUUAGAGCAGCACAUUCAGAACCCUGUGGUUCUGCAAUCCAUCCUGAGGCUCAUGGAGAGAGGCACAAUGGUUCUGACUACGAACUAUGAUAAUUUGCUUGAAAUAUUUGGUCAGCAGCAGGGUAAACCUAUGGAAUCUUUAGACCUCAAAAAUAAGGAUAAGGUCCUGCAGUGGGCAAGAGGCCAUGUCAAGUAUGGAGUUCUUCAUAUUCACGGCUUAUAUACAGAUCCCUGUGGAAUGGUGCUGGAUCCCUCGGGAUAUAAAGAUGUUACUCAAGAUCCUGAAGUCAUGGAGGUUCUUCAGAACUUGUACCGAACCAAGUCUUUUUUGUUUCUGGGUUGUGGAGAGACUCUGCGUGAUCAGAUAUUCCAGGCUCUUUUUCUUUACACAGUAAAGAACAAAGUGGACCUAGAACAUUACAUGUUGGUGCUGAAAGAAAAUGAAGACCACUUUUUUAAGCUCCAGGCAGAUAUGCUGCUGCAUGGAAUAAAAGUGGUGUCCUAUGGGGACUGCUUCCAGCAAUUCCCAGAGUAUGUCCAGGAUCUGACUGCUCAAAUCUGCAAGCAGAGAAGUCCAGAUGCUGAACGGGUGGACAGCACAACACUGUUGGGAACUUCCUGCGUGGACUGUGCUAAAAGGAAGCUAGGAGAAAGCGGCACUGAUUCUCCCAAGAGGAUCAAGCAGUCAGAUAAUGAUAUACCCACUCUUGAAUGAAAAAACCCAACCACCCCAGCAGCUUUUUAACAGCAGUGUUUUACAUCUGCUGCAUGGAAAGUUUUGAGCUGGUAUUUCCAUGAUUGUUAAGUGGAAUAAAAUUGUACAUACUAGCUUUCUCUUUUCUAAAGCCA